AUGGAGUUGAAUAAGGUCCUCUUAGACGAAUUCGAAAAUAAAGACGCAAUUAUUGUUAGAAAUCUGAAGGUUUGGACGCCAGAAGAGAAGUCAAUAUGGAGAAAAGUUGCUAAACCAAAAACUGUGAUAAUCGAUAAUGUUUCAGCGUGUAUAAGGGAAGGGGAAUUUGCAGCAAUCAUCGGGCCGAGUGGAGCAGGAAAAACAACAUUUCUAGUGUCGUUAGCCGGGAAAUGCACAUUACCAUUUGAAGGCACCGUUACGAUCAACGGUAGAAAUGUCAGGGAUCUGACGGGUGCCGAGAUCGUGCCCCAGUUCGACGUGUUCACGGACAGCUUGACUGUUAUGGAGCAACUUGUUUUUAUGACAGAAAUGAAACUAGGUAACAGUACGAAGCAACCGAACAAAUCAAUUCUGAAUACAGUCAUCGAAGAAUUCAAACUAAGCGCACACGUUGAAACGCGCAUAGGAUCAUUAUCUGGCGGAGAAAGGAGGUUGUUGUCUUUAGCCACUUCGUUCUUAUCGAAUCCACAAAUAUUGAUAUGCGACGAACCCACUACCGGCUUGGAUAGUUAUAACGCAUCACAAGUAAUUGGCAUAUUAAAGAAAUUGUCAGCGUCCGGUAAGAUUGUCAUAUGUUCUGUUCAUCAACCUUCGUGUGAUAUCUUCAAAGAGUUUAACUCUAUUCUUUUGAUGGCUGAGGGAAAUCUACUUUUCCAUGGAACUCAGGAUGCGUGCAAAUCGUUCUUUGAAAGCAUUGACCUGCAUUGCCCGUUGAACUAUAAUCCAGCAGAAUUUUACAUACGAGCUGUAUCCAAUCACAAUGGAGUAUGUAUCAAAAAGAUGCUGGAAAAUUACCAGGACCAGUCUUUGGACUGUGACGAAACCGGUUUGGAAGUUAACCUAAUCUAUAAAAAGCCACAAAGAAAUUGGCUGAAGCAAGUGCAACUUCUACUGUGGAGGUCUUCUUUGAGCCUGAAGAGCGAUUUAAAAAGUUACGUGUUUCAACUGCUCUUGUCUGUGGUAGUAACAGCAUCAGUUCUUGGCACUGUCUACAGCGGAGUCACAGGUACCACACAACGUGGAAUUCAGGACGUCAGAGGCUUCCUUUGGUUGGUCACGAGCGAAGUUUGUUACGGGCUUGCCUAUAGCACCCUCUAUGUGUUCAAAUAUGAAGUCACUCUGUUCAGGAGAGAAGUCGGCAUGUACAAAUGCUCAGCAUAUUUCGUUAGCAAAUUUUUGAGUUUUAUACCAAGGUGCGUUAUCUGGCCCAUCGCACUGGUGUGUACUACAACCGUUGCGAUCGAGUUACCAAACCACGUAAUCACCACGAUGGAAUUUAUUGUCGUGCUGAUAUUUGCUGCGAUUGCUUCCAUGGCUUAUGGUCUCGGUAUGUCUGCAUUGUUUACAUCGACAGGCAACAUGGGCGACGUGAUGCCUUGCUUCGAUCUUCCAUUGUUUCUAAUGUCAGGAGCAUUCCUAACGAUCUCAACGUUACCAAUAUGGUUAUAUCCCGUGAAAUUCAUCUCGCACUUCUACUACGCCAUGGAUACUAUCAGCAAUCUUUACUGGAGACAGAUUCUUUAUAUUGAUUGUCCAGUGAACACAACUACGACGUGCACGAGUAGCGGAGAAGCAGUAUUGUACGAAAUUGGAUAUUCUAAUAAUUUUGUACUACAAAACAGUUUGGGCUUAUUACUGGUUACUACUAUGUGGGGCUUACUGGGUUAUUACGGGAUGAAACGAGAAGAGAAAAAGGGUUACGCUUACUGA